CGUACAUAUUUAAUGACUAUACCUGCUCAUCCUAUAAUGAAAGAUAAUACUAAUACAACACUUGGCUGAUGCCAUUGACGACAGAAAUUCUGAAUACCUAUUGAUUCAAAAUAAGUACCUAUACUCAAUUUCAGCUUCAAUAGCAUUAUGUAAGUAUAAGGAAGGUCUUGUUACCAUUCCACACGAAAAUCAGUUUAGUGCUAUGGGAAGUUUUUAAUAAUAGUCAAAUUCACGUAAUAUAGUGAUCACACUUCGAAAAUAUUUUUUCAUCGCUGUUAUAAUGAAUAAUUCGUGGAUCGAGAAAAUAUUAUUAAAUUUUUUUAAAAACAAUGCGGACAUUUUCGGAGAAGAAAGCACCUAUCAUGGAUUCGAAAGAGAACCUCAGAAUCACCAAUUGGAUGGGCUUCAAUCCGAGCAACUAUUUGGGAAUAUUAUGUACGCAGAUCAACAGGGUAACAUUCACAAAUCGAUUCCAUUAUUCAUUAAACUAACCGCUGAUUCGCCUGUUUUACCCUCCAAGUUCAAUUCAUUUUCAUUCGCUAAUGAAAUCAAUUUUUACACAAAAAUAGCUCCCACUUUGGAAACUUUCGAUGAUUCGUUUUUAUCGCUCUUUCCGAAAUUUUAUCACGGUGAAAUGAUGUUUAACCAGAAACAAAACAAAUCAGCGAUCAUCUUUGAAAAUGUGAAAACUCGUGGAUAUAAAAUGAGUGAAAAAAAAUCAUUCCUCGAUUGCGAGCAUUUAACAUUGAUGAUGCGUAAAUUAGGCGAAUUUCACGCAUAUUCUUAUAAAGCUAAAAAUACUGCGCCUGAUUUAUUCUACCCAAUGGUCAGUAUUUUUCAAGAAAAUAAUCUCUUCGUCAACAAGGAAACAUUACAUAAUGAAUUACAAAUAUUAGCAGCUCGUGGCUUUGAACUACUUUUACAAGAUCCUGACUAUGCACAGCUGGCAUCUCGUAUCGAAACAAUGAUAGAAAAUGCUGAUGAUACUUUCAGAAAAAUUUUAACCAGUGAUGGGGAUAAUCCUAUAUCAGUAAUCACUCAUGGGGAUUAUUUGAGAAAUAAUUUGAUGUUUCGAUAUAAAAAUAAUAUUCCAGAUGAUCUAAUCAUGAUCGACAUGGCCACCUACCGUUAUGCAUCUCCUGUGAUUGAUUUGGCCAUUGUGUUAUACAUUAAUACGGAUCAAGAAACGAGAAGCAAAUAUUGGGAUAAAUUAAUCGACGAAUAUUAUACGGCGUUGAAGGGAAAGUUUCCAGAAAAUGAAAUUCCAUCUAAAUGUACAAUAAUGUCGGAUUUUGUGGGUAGAUCAUUUUAUGCAUAUUUGGUGGCGAGUUUUUUUUUAAAAAGCAUGUUUGCACAUGAUAAUAACAUUCCAUUGCCUCAAGAUUUUGAUCCAGAUACCGCUCGUAAAUACAAUGAGGGUAAAUAUAAUGAGAUACCAGAAGAAAUGCAAUUCAAGUUAUGCUUAAGUAUUGGUGGAAAGAAAUGUACGCAAGCAUUGAAAGAUAUACUUGGAGAUAUGAUCGAUAGGGGAUUCAUUUGUUCAUAAAUUAACGAUGUUUUAUGGAUUAUCUGAGUAUUAAAUACAUUUGUC